AUGGCAAGAAACAUUAUCAAAACUCUCUCCUUCUUCUUCACUCUCCUGGCCGCAACGGCUCCUUCACUCUCCUCUGCAACCUCCGCCACAGACGCAUUCGUCUACGGUGGCUGCUCCCAGCAAAAGUUCUCUCCGUCCUCUGCUUAUGAGUCAAACCUCAACUCUCUUCUCACUUCUUUAGUCAACUCAGCCACAUACUCAUCUUACAACAACUUCACCAUCUUAGGCUCUUCCUCCUCGGACACAGCUCGUGGCCUCUUUCAAUGCCGUGGUGACCUCUCCAUGCCCGACUGCGCCACGUGUGUAGCACGUGCCGUCUCUCAAGUUGGUCCUCUUUGUCCUCUCACAUGCGGUGGUGCCCUCCAGCUCGCAGGCUGCUACGUCAAGUACGAUAACAUCAGCUUCCUCGGACAAGAAGACAAGACCGUUGUCCUAAAGAAGUGUGGACCUUCUGAGGGUUACAACACCGACGGGAUCAGCCGGAGAGACGCCGUUCUCACUGAGCUAGUUAACGGAGGAGGGUAUUUUCGAGCCGGAGGGUCCGGUGAUGUUCAAGGUAUGGGACAGUGUGUAGGAGAUCUAACGGUGUCGGAGUGCCAAGACUGUUUAGGAACGGCCAUCGGAAAGCUAAAGAGUGAUUGUGGCACGGCCGUCUUUGGAGACAUGUUCUUGGCUAAGUGUUACGCAAGAUAUUCAACUGAUGGUGCACAACACUAUGCCAAGUCUCAUAAUUAUAAAGCAAACUACGGAGGUGAAAGAACGUUUGCGAUCAUCAUAGGACUACUAGCUGCAGUUGUUCUUCUUAUCAUCUUCCUUCUCUUCCUUAGAGGUGUUUGCAGUCGCGGCGGUGGAGGUAAAUAAAAUGUCAAAGUUGUGAGGAUUCGCAAGAGCGUAGAUCUCAAAGAAGCAAAAAAAAGUAUUCAGAUGAGAUGUAUAUUGCUUUGGAUUCUGUCAAAACUUUAUUUCUUUUUCUACUUUUUUCAGCAUUAUUUUUGUUU